AGGAACAUUGUGCUGGACCAAUUUGUCAACCAGGACCUCACUUCAGACAUCCUACAGAAGAUCACUGAUGACUUCUUAACCUUAAAAAAUGCCGGCAUGAAGGUGGUGCUGAGGUUCUGCUACUCUCUCGACCAAAGCAACAUCAACGACGCCCCGCCCGCACAACUGGCAGCGCAUUUACAGCAGUUAACACCUCUCCUACAGACGUAUGCUGGGGUGAUAGCAGUGCUGCAGGCCGGCUUCAUCGGGGUGUGGGGAGAGUGGUACUACACUGCUAACUACGGCAACGACGGUAACGUCUCCCCCGAGGACUGGUACAAGAGAACCCAGGUGGUGAACCAGCUGCUCCAGGCUCUUCCAGCAUCCAGGCAAAUCGAACUACGGACUCCAUACUACAAGCAGAAGAUUCUCGGGCGAACCUCAGCCAUCACCUCGAGUGAAGCUUUCACCAAUACUCCAGUAGCCAGGAUCGGCCAACAUAACGACUGCUUCCUCGCCUCAGACACGGAUUUCGGCACUUACGUAAACAAGCCGCAGGAAUACCCAUACUUGCAGGAUGAAACACUGUACCUCUCCAUGGGUGGUGAGACUUGCGCGGACAACCCCCCUAGAUCAAGCUGCCCAACAGCACUGCAGGAGAUGGCGGAGCUCCACUACAGUUACCUUAAUGUCGACUACAAUACAGUGGUGCUCGAUGCUUGGAGGACCCAAGGCUGCUUUAACACGAUUUGGUCAUCAAUGGGAUACAAUUUGGUGGGCGUGCAGGCGCAGUUUCCUGCAGAGGUAGCUGUUGGAUGUCAGCUGAAGGUCGGGAUACAGAUAGCCAACAACGGUUGGGCGGCGCCAAUCAAUUAUCGGUCAGCCCAGUUAGUGUUGCGUCACGGGAGCACCGAGACUGAGUACGUGUCUGCACUUGGUGGCGCGGACCUGAGGAGCUGGCUGCCUGGCCAGCUACACAACCUCCAGUUCUCCAUGUCGUUACCCACAGACGCUCCUCUUGGCAACUAUCAGGUGUUGCUGCUCCUGCCUGACGGGGACACUCAGCUAAGGAACACACCAGAGUACAACAUAGUGAUUAGCAACAUGAUCUACUCUGAUAGUCCUGGUCGUCGCCUGAACUUUGUAGGAUCCUUCAAUGCUGUGGCAUAACGUUUAGGCGAUCAGAAAACUUUAUUGUGUAAACUCUUAUACAAGUCAGAAUCCCAAUGAGUAAGCCUGGGUUGUAUUUACAGAUAUCAGGAUGACUAAUUCGAUCUUGCACUAGUGAUAAAUGACAGAUUUCACAGUAGCUUCAACAUAACCUGUGUGUCCAGAUCUUCUUAAUAUGGCUGUGAGGGCUGAUGAUAUUGUGUGCCUUUCUCUCAAAAUAAACCUAUACAUAAGUGCAGUAGAAGGCUCUCAAAUAUAUAACCCUAAUAUAAGUUCACCCGGGCCAUAUUAUUAAAAAAAUAAAAAAAAAAUAAAAAAAUUAUUUGAAUUAUAAUAUAGUUAAAUAUAAAACAGUGCACAAGUUAUUAUGAGUUAGAAUAUUGUACUUACUAACGGUCUCGUGUCUCAAGAACAAUAAAUAGACUAACAAUUUAAGUCCUCAAAUUCAAGUAAAAUAUUAAUGCUAAACUAUAAUAGAGAAUGCAAGCAGUCAACGCCUAACCAGUGCACUAAGGUAAAGCUUGUAAUUAAAAUUAAAUAAAUCACAAAAUUUCA